AAGAAAGUCCUUGCGGUGCAAGCGGAGACACUCUACCCCACGGCGGCUUUGUUGCGCGGACCAAAGCUCACCCGCCUGAAGAAGGACUCCUCGCUCCGGAGAUUCGAACAUGGCCAGUGAGCGAAGCUAGUUGGCGCUUGCGAAGCGAAGCUACCCCGCAGAGGAGCGCUGCUCCGCGGCUUCCCGCCUGGGGGAUUUACGGUGAUGGUGCUCUGGGUCGACUCUCUGCACCGACGCGAAGAGGCGAGGGCCACACUGGUCCAGGCCCCCAGAUCCAACACUCGGACUCCGAGCGAGGGAGCUAGCUGGCAGGCUAGCUGAGGAACACGAGCCCCGUGGCAGUCCCCUCGACCAGGACGCGUGGAACCCCCGCUUCUAGUUUAGAGCUCACUGAAAAGAACAGUCGCGGAUAACCGAGUGGUCCGAAACUCAAGUGAAGUUCGCUUUCCAUUUUUGGCCCCACUUCCCUCUGUGUUGGAUGCUGGCGUCACACUCGGUCUGCAGCGAUGAUGAUCCUGAGCAGGAAGCCCGAGGGUCCGAUCGUCUCAGCCCGCCAUGGUGACGGUCUGUAUGACUCGUACUUGAGAAUGGACCACAUCCUGAAAGAUGAACCGGAUACAAUCAAUCAAUCUGGGUUGCCGCCGAUGGGCAAACAGAGUGCUGCAGACAAGAACGUCAUAAGGGAUCAUCUUUUCGCGCGUCCCCAGGUGAAGAUUGAAGUCCUCUAUGAAGACCUGAACAAGAAUGAUGCUUCCACCGCAGCAACGGCCAAAACCACCAGAGCGUCUUCCAGUUUCAGCCCGGUGAAGCUGCACGCUGUCGACAGCACCGUCUCAGGAAAACCGUCAGAUGAACCCACUGGCCAAAAAUCUGCCGUGACUGGUGGGAAUACGGGAAAGCGCAAUGUCCCCAUCACGCCGGACCAGGCCAUCCGACUCUAUCGGGCCCAGCUGACUACGCUGGAACAGACAGAGAUCCAGUCCUACCCUAACGUCUACUACGUUGGAGUCAAUGCCAAGAAGAGGCCUGCUGUGGCAGGUGGCAACAACAACUGUGGCUAUGAUGACGACCAGGGGGGUUACAUCAACGUCCCCCAUGACCACCUGGCCUACCGCUACGAGUUCCUCAAAAUUAUUGGCAAAGGCAGCUUCGGUCAGGUGGCCAAGGUGUACGACCACAAACUGCAGCUGGUCCUGGCGCUGAAAAUGGUCCGAAACGAGAAGCGCUUUCACCGGCAGGCGCAGGAGGAGAUCCGCAUCUUGGAGCACCUGCGCAAGCACGACACCAACGGCUCCAUGAACGUGGUGCACAUCGUGGAACACUUCACCUUCCGCAACCACAUCUGCAUGACGUUUGAGCUGCUCAGCAUGAACCUGUACGAGCUCAUCAAGCGCAACAAGUUCCAGGGCUUCACCCUGCCGCUGGUGAGGAAGUUCGCUCACUCCAUCCUCCAGUGCCUCGAGAGUCUGAGCAAGCAGAGAAUCAUCCACUGUGACCUGAAGCCCGAGAACAUCUUGCUGAAGCAGCCGGGGCGCAGCGGCAUUAAGGUGAUCGAUUUCGGCUCCAGCUGCUUUGAACAUCAACGUGUCUACACCUACAUCCAGUCCCGGUUCUACAGGGCCCCCGAGGUCAUCCUGGGCUCCCACUACGGCCUUCCUAUAGAUAUGUGGAGCUUCGGCUGCAUCCUGGCCGAGCUGCUGACUGGGUACCCCCUGUUCCCGGGUGAGGACGAGGGCGACCAGCUGGCCUGCUGCAUGGAGCUGCUGGGGAUCCCCCCACAGAGGAUUCUGGAGAAAGGCAAGAGAACCAAGAACUUCAUCAACUCCCAGGGCCAGCCUCGUUACUGUACGGUCAACACUGGGGCCCCUGCUCUGACCGGGACUCGCCUGCGGCGGGGUAAAGUCAGGGGCCCGCCUGGCAGCAAGAAUUGGACAGUCGCGCUCAAGGGCUGCGUGGAUGCCACCUUCAUUGACUUCAUGAAACGGUGUCUGGAGUGGGACCCGGCGUGUCGCCUGACUCCGAGCCAGGCGCUCCGGCACCCCUGGCUGUACCGCCGGCUGCACAAGUCCGCGCUGGGGAACGAGAGAGGCCAGCAGGGGUCUCUGGUCAAACGGCACUCUGAUCAAGACCCCACCUCCUUUCCUUCCAUCAUCGCCAAAACUGGAAACAGUUUGAGCGCGGCGGGUGCCAACAACAAACUCAGGGGCAGCCUGCUAGGCAGCACGGGGGACACCAUACCUCAUCGCACGGCCCUCCCGAAACUCGUCAGUUAGAGAGAGAGAGCACCGACCCUCCUCUCACCUUCAACCCUCGCUCCUCGGGAGGAGCCCUUGUUCAGGCUUAGGUUUUAAACUUUCGUUUUGUACUCUGAGGUGUCGAUCGCCACGAGCUUUUACGAUUAGCAUAAAAGCUCUUGUGAGUUCCUUCACACAGCCUUUGAUCAGGUUUGCUCUUGUGUGAUGUUUUUGUUAAACCUGUGUGUGUGUGUGUGUUCUCAGGCGAGUGUCUCACUCAAGCGCUUGUGUAGCGUCACUCCUCGACAGGAGUCGUGAAACUCUGAAAGGGCUAUGGAGUUUGCACUAGCGAGCACGCGCUGACAGAAAAACCCUAAAAUCGAAAACAUCGAUGAGCUGUGAUUCCUCGCGUCCGACCCCCGCUGCUUGCAUGUCGGCUCAGUAUGUGACAUCAGUGUGUAUGUGUGCUUUAGCUUUGUGGUACUGCUGUGAGACAUGGGCUGUCCGGCCUAUUAACAACCCCCACCCAGUUUUGAAGCCACUAAAUUGGAGAAUGGCAGGAAAGGCAGCUCCACUUCUCACUCAGGUGUCGUACCUGUGAACGGCCCGAUACCCAAGUGAGACGUUGGACCCUGGGAGGAGAGAAAGAAAAGCAAAGCAUGUUUACGUCUGCCCGGUGUUAGCCUGAGCGGUGGAGGACGAGUGUGCCAUCACCAGAUUAAAGAGUGGAGAACGAUUGUUUCUCAGGGAAGCGUAUCCGAUACGUCCUUCAUCGUGCUCCGCUCCACUUCCGCCCCGACUGAGCCUGCAUGCUGGAGCGAGAGAUCCAUACUCACGUCUGCGGUGGGGAGUCGCGCUCCACAGUGUGACCUAGUUCUCUCCUCCCCCACUGUCCCUCAUUCGCUCUGAUGGGCAGGAACCUCUUAAACUCAUUGAAAUGAAUCAUGGUGCUGUCUGAAUAACCACUGAACUUCGAACUAAUCUAUGGACCACACCAGUCACUCGCUCCUCCAGCUCCCGGGAACUGUCAGGGAUUUCUACUCUGUCUCGAUAUUUUUAUAGAAGUGGGUUUGAUUUUCACUCCACUAUAUCAGAUGCAAAAGAAGAAAGUUGCGUACUGUUGUUUUACUGUUGGCGUGCGAUGGAAGCCGCUGUUUGGCGUCCGAGCAUGAAAUGAAAAUCACAGAGUGACGACGGGGAGUGAAAUUGUUCUGCAACCAAAUGAAGUUGUAAUAGAUUCUUUUUCUAAGAAAAUAAAAAU